AUGUCCGCCAAUCCAAGUAAUUCCGGCAUCGUCGUGGAUGAGGGCAGCGGCGAGAGGCACAUUCCCGAAUCAGUUAGGCCAGACGGCACCACACGCAAGGCAAUUAAAAUCCGCCCCGGCUACCGACCUCCCGAGGAUGUUGAGGUCUACAAGAACCGUACCGCCGAGACCUUCCGUAGCCGUGGAAAGGGCCCUGUCCCUGGCUCUGAAGGUCUGAAAGAUGACGAUAAGGCGGCAGAAUCGCAUUCUUCUGCUUCCGCUGCCAAGAACGCCAAACGGCGCGAAGCACGCAAGAAAGCCAAGGCCUCCGGCGAGUCUCAGGGCACCGACCUAGAGACCAACAAGGAACAGCCCAAGGAGGCCACUGAGGACCUAGACCCGGAGGUAGAGAGGGAGAAGAAGGCCCGCAACCUCAAGAAGAAGUUGCGUCAGGCAAAGGAGCUCAAGGAAAAGAAAGAGACCGGCGGGUCUUUGUUGCCCGAGCAGAUCGCCAAGGUCAUCAAGAUCAAUGAGCUCAUCCGCGAGCUAGAUGCCCUGGGCUUUGAUGCCGACGGAGAACCGAAAGCUGCCGGGCCUGUGGCAGCCGAGACCGACGAUGCAGUCGAGGCA